UUCAAAGUGUUAUGCUAUCUGAUCGAGGUAUCUGUAAAUUGUAUAUUGUCUGUGCUCAGUAAGUCGUUCUUUCAUUGAGAGAUCGGAGUGGGUUGGAGAGAGAGUAUAAAUUGGGGAGAUUCUAUAGAUUGAAGAUCAGAGGCAGCAGCAGAGCUUUCAGUAAUACACAACUUUCAAUCGUCUACACAGGUCUCCCAGAUGUUUUAUUAUGCCAAGCCCAAUACCUCAACAUACCCUCCUUACCAGACACCGGGAGCAGGCAGUUUCAGAUUACUGUAUGCUGACUUGCUAUAUUGGCUUGCUUGGGAUGAAUAAUAUUAAUUUCCUUAUGAUAUUCGCCCCCAUCUUGCUACUGGUAUGUGUGACUGCUGAGAUGAUCAUCACUGAGAGUGGGUGGAAAUCCUUAGAAAAACAACAAAACAGGGACCUGUUUUUCCGAAUCCUUCAAUCCUAUUUCACUGGCAAAGUUGUGAAUUUGGGACUUGGCAGAAAUGAAAGGCUUCAAGGGGCAUAUGCAAGCAAAAUUAAUUCAUAUGAAGAUAAGUUUGACAAUGAUUUGGAUACUUAAAAUAUCCUGACUUAACUAUCCUCUUUUAUCUAUAUGAUGGUUAAUGAUUAUAUUGGAUUGUACAUUCAAUAGAUAUCAAUGGAUUUUCAGAAUAACUUUGUAUAUUCCUGUUAGAUUUAAGAACAGCAUCAACACAAGUUGCAAACCAGUUAAUUAGUGUAUUUCUGUACACUGGUUGUUUGUUUCAUAAAUGCUGCAUUGUCUUGGAAUUGUCACAGCAAUAUUUGUGGCCAAUGUACAAUAAAAGAGGCGAAGCAAAGGCAGCGUGUUCUGUUUUUAAACUGUCAUAAUAGACAAACAUGUCUGUAUUUUAUAUCUUGGGGUUUGUUUUUAACUGAUGGUUAUAUGUUGCUACUUGCUGCCCUAGUCACUAAGCAGUUUGAUUCAUUGAAAUUAAGAGGAGACUAUGGCCUAGUGGUAUUAUGGCU